CAUUUUCUAACACUAUGAAAAAUAUUCUCUCUCUGUUUUCACUUCAUUUUCUUACCCCAAGAAAACGGCAACCGAAUUGCACGCAGUAGCGCCACCCCUUCUCUCAAAUUCUGUGAUUACAGUAAUCUUGGAAACUAAGGCUAGCCCACCAUUAUUUAUGUGUGUGUAUAUGCUAUUGCUCUCUAUAACAUCUAUAUAUGUAUAUAAGAAUUGCUCCUCCUCUCUCCCUCUCUCUCUCUUGCAUAACGUUUGAUGAGGACAGAGUCUCUGCCAUCGUGAUAAAGUAAACGGAUCACCUUGCUUGGAUUCCGAUCAAAGAAGUUGUUGAUCCUUGUUUGGAAAUAUUUUGCUGCACAAUAGGGAUCAGCUCUCCAGCCAUCACUUAGGCCUUUGGUGUGCAAAUUGUUGGAUUGAUCAGAACAGAGUUCAUUGUUGAAUUGUGAAGAGAAUUUCUUGGCGGAAUUCAUGAUUGUAAGUUUUUGCAAUGGGGUUCUUGAACAUGGAGAGGAAGUGGGUGUUCCCUCUUGUUAUAAGUUCAUUAGUAUGCAUUUUCCUUCUGGGAACCUCCUUCAAUAUGGGGCUCGUGUCCUCAUUGCAUACAAUCAAUUCUAUUUUUCCAAUAUUCCCUUCUCGUGCUAUGAUCAAUCAGCCCAGUCCUUAUUUUGCUGAGGAAAAGAUCAAUCAAGUUCCACCUCCUCCUACUCAUCAUCCGGUUCCAAAAUUUGCUUAUCUGAUUUCUGGAUCAAGAGGUGAUUUAGAUAAACUGUGGAGGACUCUUUUUGCACUGUAUCAUCCAUGGAACUAUUAUGUUGUUCAUCUGGACCUUGAGUCACCUUUAGAAGAGAGAUUGGAAUUGGCAUUGAGGGUGGAACAGCAUCCUCUUCUUGCAGAGGUCGGGAAUGUAUUUGUGAAUAACAAAUCAAAUAUGGUUACUUAUAGAGGCCCCACCAUGGUUGCUAAUACUCUUCACGCAUGCGCUAUUCUUCUAAAGAGACAUAAAGACUGGGAUUGGUUUAUCAAUCUUAGUGCUUCCGAUUAUCCAUUGGUGACUCAAGAUGAUCUUCUUGAUACAUUCUCUGAUUUGAAACGAGAACUCAAUUUCGUAGAACACACCAGCCGCCUAGGCUGGAAAGCAGCUCAAAGAGCAAUGCCAUUGAUCAUAGAUCCUGGACUCUAUCAGACAACCAAAUCUGAUGUAUUCUGGGUCACCCCCAAGAGAAAUUUACCAACAGCAUUCAAAUUGUUUACCGGUUCAGCCUGGAUGAUCUUAUCGCGUGCAUUUGUAGAGUACUGCAUAUGGGGUUGGGAUAAUCUCCCAAGAACCCUUCUCAUGUACUACUCAAACUUCGUUUCCUCCCCAGAAGGCUAUUUCCAGACUGUUAUCUGCAAUGCUCCAGAGUUUGUCCCAACCGUUGUCAACCAUGACAUGCACUAUAUUUCUUGGGAUUUCCCUCCGAGACAGCAUCCUCAUACACUCUCUGUUAACGACACUGCAAAAAUGAUUGCCAGUGGCGCUGCCUUUGCACGUAAGUUCAAACAGGACACCCCCGUCCUGGACCAAAUCGACAGAGAAUUACUAGGGAGAGAAAAUGGGAGCUUCACACCUGGUGGUUGGUGUGCCGGUGAACCUUUUUGCUCCAGGUUGGGAAAUCCAACCAAGCUUAGACCAGGCCGAGGCGCCGAAAGGCUUCGGAGGCUUAUAGGUAAAUUAGUUUUGUCAGCUAAUAUCCGUCGACAACAGUGUAGUUAAAUUUUAUGGUUCGACAGGAAGAAAGAGGCAAACAAAACCAUACGCAUUUCACAGGCACCAAUAAAGCAUUAGGAUACUGCAUAUAAAACACUGCUCUAUUGGCCCUAUUUUUGUAGUUUCUUCUUGAUAUGAUACAGGAUCAAUAUAUACUGCUUACAAAAGGUCAGUUUGAUAUCU